UGAGAAUCCUCAAAAUUCAUGCUAUUCGACGUGUGGCAAAAAGUGCAGUAUGUUGGCCAAUCUGUUGACCCUAAGCUGCCUUCUGGCCCAAAUUAUCCCUCGGAUUUGGGGGCAGUAUGCGGCGGUGAACUGCUCAGAUCCCAGGAUCGAACUGACAUCCUGUGGCCGCUUCAGUACGAACGGGUGCUGUGCCAAGGGAUGUGUGAGGAAUGUGCGCGGAAGGUGCGUCCAGGAGGAGUGCACCGCAUCCUGGAGCGGCUGGCUUCAAAGGCCAGUGACCAUGAGCUGCUACUUCCACUGGUUCCUGCUGAUCUUCGCCGGGCUCAUCACGGCCCUCAUGCUGGGCCUGGUGGCCUGCAACGCGGCCUGCGAAAUAAGGCGCUACCUUCGCCAGCGGAGAAUCGAGCGAUUCAGGCGCUUCAGGGAUCUGAGCGGAGUCUCCAUUGGAUCCACUCAGUGCUAGAGCACGUGUGAGCAUGAGGUCCUUGGACUAAGGGGCUGGGAAUCAGGAAGGAAGUGCCGAGGGAUUUACCAUAAUCUGCAAUACAUUAGCGGCAGCUUUGCUCUGGAUUCCAAUUCAAUUCUUUGGGUAUCUCCGGCCAAAGCCAUGUAAAUUACGAUUCGCCACCUCGGAAAUCCUAUUAGUAGUUAAAACCUGAUUAGGAAAUACUUGCGGCCGAGCCUCGGGCUCACAUUUGCUGAAAGCAAAUAAUAAUAAAUGGCUCUCACAUGCGAGAUGCUUUGUGGAUACAUGCCCUCCAGGGUGACACCUCCUCCGGAGCAAGUCGAAGGUGGCGUGGAAUUCAGAUGGCUGUGGAGUCGAGUCAAAGGUGCAAUAACCCAACCGAGCGGGGCACAUAAAACUAAAUGGCUGCGGGUUGCGUUGCCAGUCCUCGAAGUCCUUCCCAGACCCCGGACCCCGGUCCCGGAUCACCAGCUCGCUCCUCUGCGGAUUCAGUAGCUAUUGCGGUGGAGAUAACAACCAUAAGGGUACACCCGAGGGCACUCAGAGAGGAGCGUUGCAAAUAGGAUUGUGUAUAUUUUGUCACAGCUUCUUUCUGUUUUAAGUGAAUGAGAGACUAUUAAAAUCGGGAAACUAAAUAUUUUAUUUC